AUGGCCACCAUCCACGCUGAUUCGACUAUUCGGUGGACUGUUCCGCCGGAGCGACGUCAAUCGCUGCAUCGCUGGAUACAUCAUGCCUUGAUUGCCCAGGCACAUCAUGAGUCACAUCUGCUGCUGCACACACGGGGGCCUGGACCGCGACAGGGCGAGAAGCACAAAGGUUGUCAUGGACGGAUGCAUCCGACGGAGGAACGCAUCAAGCUCGAUAAGAGAUCGACACAGGUCACCCACCUCCUCUACCGUCUCUACGCGCUCCUACGUGGGCUCGACCCCAGCAAACAAUCAUCCAUUGCUCCGUCUAUCCAUAGUCUUAUCGUUAUGUCAAAUGCUCGGCAGUAA